AUGGUGGGGAUCACGGUCCCCAUCUCCGUGGACACGAUCCCGCUUGUGAAACGCGCACAUGCAGCGGUGCCGAGCAUCGACCUGUCGGACCCGGGCGCCGCCGCAGCCGUGGCGGACGCGUGCCGCGGCGUGGGCUUCUUCAGGGCGACCAACCACGGCGUGCCGGCUGUCCUCGUGGACGAGCUGGAGGCCCGCGCCGCUGCCUUCUUCGCGCUGCCGCACAAGGACAAGAUGGACGCGUCGGCGCGGCCCUUCGGCUACGGCAGCAAGAGGAUCGGCUGCAACGGCGACAUGGGCUGGCUCGAGUACAUCCUGCUCUCCGUCCGUUCUGGCUCCGUCGCCGCCGCCUCCCUGCCGCCGUCGCUCCGGGCUGCGCUGGAGGAGUACACGGACGCGAUCAUCUCCGUGCUCCGCUCCAACGGCACCGGGGGACUUCAGAUCAUGCUGCUGGACGGCCGCUGGGUCCCUGUGGCCCCCGACACCGAUUCCCUCUUCGUCAUCGUCGGGGACUCCCUCCAGGUGCUGACGAACGGGCGGUUCCGGAGCAUGAAGCACCGGGUGGUGGCGCCGGCGGAGGGGCAGCAGUCGCGGCUGUCGGUGAUCUACUUCGGCGGACCGGCGCCGACGCAGCGGAUCGCGCCGCUGCCGGAGCUGAUGCGGGAAGGGGAGCAGAGCCUGUACAGGGACUUCACCUGGGCCGAGUACAAGACGGCGGCCUACAAGUCCCGGCUCGGUGACCACCGCCUCGGCCCCUUCGAGCUACCUGCCGCAGCCGCCGCCGCCGCCCAAGAGUCCACUACCAAGGCCGGCCACCACUGUAUCAGCAACGCCGCCGUCCAGGCGCCGGCGCCGGCGCCUCACGUGGCACGAGUGCACUAGCUAGCUUCGUAGUUUUGCUAUUGUUUAAUUAAUCUGCCGAUCCAGACUUAGUAGGUGUCGCUUGCUUGGGCAGCCCAAAACUGGCA